UUGCACAAACCGGUAGGGGAAUCGGGUUUUUGUUUACGUUCCACAUGCAAUUCCAAAGAUGAGCGAGUGUUAGUGAGAUCUUUUCCUGAUUACUUCUUUCUUCCCUUUCUAUGCACUUUAUUGCAAGGUUCGUUUUGAUGAGUUGAUUCGUGUGGUGCGGUAUUGUCGGGGCAUGGUCACUUAAACCUGUACAGCCACGGGAUUCCGAUAUGUUGGCAAACUGACAGAACCAGGUUGGCACCUACUUGAUUCCUUCGUAUACCUUUUGGUGCCGUUUUUGCUUUGCGUGUUUCUUUGACCUCCUCUUGUUCGGACCACCGCCGCCGCCGUCGUUGUCGAUUGCGGCGUCGUCGCUAUUCUUGUUGUUUUUGCUGUUAUCGUCGUCGUUGCUGCGCCCGCUGCUGUCGUUGUUUCGCGUGCUCAUUGUUGAUGGUGGUGUGGUCGAUUGCCGCGUGGACCCGCCGUGUGUUUUGCGGGAGACUGGCUGGAUUUGGAUAGAAAGAACCGAGCAAGAGCGGUGCAAGUAGGGUUAUUUUAUUGGCACAACAGUUGCGAGACGAUUUUUUCGCUGGCUGGACGCGUGCGUUUGCAAUAACCAUUUUCCUGGUUGUUUCGGCGAUUUUUUUUGUUUGCUCGAGAACACGUGAUUCCUAUGCGGCGGCCAGAGUGACGCCAAUUUUGAUGGCAACGACGACGUGACGCGACGGUAUUUUCGCAUUGUUGUGUUCCGAUUGGGUUGUGUGAGGGGAUCAGUGCCGAGGGGGUGAGUGAAACGAAAGGAGGAGAGGGUUAAGCAAAGGGAUUACACACCCCCACGACACGAAGCAAUAGGCAAAAGGGUGUAUGGAACUACGAAGUGCCAAUUGUAGCCAAUAGGGAAGGUGUAAUGGCGUUGGAUACGUUGCAUGCAAGCUGUCAGCUGUCACUAUGAUGGACGAUUGUUUUCAAUUGUUUCGAAACGUGCCCGAGGUGGGAUUUGUUGUGAUAGAAGGGUGUGAAAAUUAACAGUACUUGAGUAGUACUAUUUGGUUUGUUCAAUAAAAACGGGUCAGUUCUGAAGGGAGUGAUAACUAAAUAGAUUUCUGGAUCAACAUAACGAAAAAAUAAGCAUGACUGAUAUGAUAGACUUAAGGAUGCACCAGCAUAUCGCUCAUGAAAUCUACCGGCAGCAGAUGAUGCAAAGGAUACCGGAUCCUUUCCCAUCGAUGCUGCCGGUGCCGAUCCCGCCGAUGCACGCCAUGGCUCUUCCCCCGCGCUAUAACACCCUGCCGGGGGUGGAGAUGAAGCUGCAGAACAAGGAACUGUGGCGGGAUUUCCACAAGAUUGGCACCGAGAUGAUCAUCACCAAGACGGGCAGGCGUAUGUUCCCGUCGAUGCGGUUGACCGUCGAUGGGCUGGAUGCCGAUACCAAUUACUGCGUGCUGCUGGAGAUGAUGCCGAUCUCCGAUUGUCGGUUCAAGUUCAGCGGAUCCCAGUGGGUGCCGGCAGGUGGUGCCGAACCGCAGAGUCCCCAGCGGUUUUGCCUGCACCCGGACAGUCCGGCCCUGGGGACCCACUGGGCCUCGCAGCCGAUCGUCUUCAACAAGGUGAAGCUGACCAACAACACUCUGGACAAUAAUGGGCAUGUUGUAUUGACCAGUAUGCACAAGUACCAGCCCAGGAUACAUGUGAUAAAAACGGCCGAUCCCUCACAGAUCCCGUGGGCGGCCCAGCAAGCUUUCGUAUUUCCGGAAACAGAAUUCGUGGCCGUGACGGCCUAUCAGAACGAUCGAAUAACCAAGCUCAAGAUCGAUAACAACCCGUUCGCCAAAGGAUUCCGGGAGACGGGCCAAUCCCGCUGCAAGAGGAAGCUCGGGAGCAGCAGUGGCAGCAAUUGCGGCGGUAGUAAUACAUCAACGUCAUCCUCGUUGUCGUCGUCGUCGACGAUGUCGGGUACAUGCGACCAGAUGACAGAUGACGAGGAUCAUCGGAACGAUCUGCAACAACACGAGGCGGCCAACAACAAGCGGGUCAGAUCAAACGAUUUCAUGGCCGGAUUAGGUCCGGAUCAAGCGAUGGCUGCGGCGGCAUUUGGCGGUAUAGAUCCCCGGCUGUUGGGGGUGGCGGCAGUUGCGGCCGCUGCGUCUUCUGGCGGUGGACUGGAUGUGGACGGUAAUCCUCCUCCGGAUGCAUUGGCCGCCCUGCGAUUGCAGCAAAUGCAACAGAUGCGCCGAUUUCCCCCCACAGCAAACGAGCUGCUCAUGCGUCAGUAUAAUCAAAUGUUCAACCCCAGUUGGAUGGAUCUGAUGAUGCCGUACUUUGCGUGCAAUCCGUACCAUCAACCGGCUCAUCCGAUUCCUCCUGGCCAUCAACAGCAGCAACAGCACCAUCAUCAUCCGCUGGCUCAGAGAUUCUUUCCCGCUCUAGCCGCUGGACACGGUCCUGGUCAUUCGCCAACUUUGAUGGCUACACCUGUCGGCGGAUCCAAUUCGACGACGACGCCGCCUCCUUUGAUGAUGGCGCCUCAAAUCUCCCCGACGGAAUCGAUACCGGAAUCGGACCGAUCGUCGGCACUGAGCGUGACACAUCCGCUGCCGGUGCUUGGUGCUCCUUUUGAGGACCAACGCGGUUUGACGGAUCGACAAAGCCUGAUUGGAUCUUCGCCUGUUCCUCGUCGCUUAGGUCAAUCGGGGAUCAGUGAGGAACCUCCCGGGAUUGGUGGAGGAGGAAAAGAAAAUGGUAGUCCAUCACUCGUUGCCGCUGGGGAUCAAAAUAAUGACGACAAUAAAAAGGUCAACUUCAGUAUUGCUUCUAUUCUGUUGCUUUAGUAAAGGGGAAAACGGGUGAUGGCAAUCGCAAUGUAAGAAGGUAUAUUUUACGACCAUUCAUGUACCGAUAGUGACCUCUACUUAGAACGCGUGCCUUCGCAAUCACUGCUAUGUACUUUUGGAAAAAGUAUUGAGAUUUUUGUAAAGAUAUUAUUAUU